AUGUCAUCCCUCUUCUCCUCCUACUCCUCCUAUGCCAAACUCCCAUCCAAGUCGUCAUCAUCACCAUCAUCUCCGGCGGCAGCCGGCAAAAACCGUAACUUAACCGCCGCCGCCGCCCCAAACACCGCCCGGCCGCCGCUCGCCGGCGUUUUCCGGUCGAUCGACGGUCUCAUAUGCGACUUCCUCGACAAGAAACCCCUCCGCCCGUCGGUCGACCCGUCGCUCGUCCUCUCCGGCAACUUCGCCCCGGCCGACGAGCUCCCCCCGACCCCCUGCCACGUGGCGGCUGGGGGCCCGGGCCGCCUCCCGAGCUGCUUCCACGGCGGGGCCUACCUCCUAAACGGGCCGAGCCCCCGUUUCCCGCCCCGCGGGCCCCACCACCUGUUCGACGGGGACGGGAUGGUCCACGCGGUCAGCUUCUUUUUUGAGGGGCCGUUGUUCUGCAGCCGGCACGUGAGGACGUAUAAAUACGAGCUCGAGGGCCGGGCUGGCUACCCGAUUGUCCCGAGCCCGUUCUCGUCGUUCAACGGGUUUUGGGCUUCGUGGGCCCGCGUGAUGUUGGGCGCCGCGCGGGUUCUGGCCGGGGAGUUCGACCCGGUGGGAAACGGAUACGGGACGGCCAACACCAGCGUGGCCGUGAUAGGUGGGAAGCUCUACGCUCUUGGGGAGAACGAUUUACCGUACGAGAUUAAAGUGUCGCCGGACGGGGACAUAACCACCAUCGGCCGCCACGACUUUCACGGCGGCCCCGACUUCCCGAGCAUGACGGCGCACCCUAAAACCGACCCGUCCACCGGCGAAACCUUUGCCAUAAGGUACAACAUCACCCAACCUCGCCUAACGAUCUUUCGAAUCGACCCGCAAGGAAUCAAACAACCGGACGUCCCGAUUUUCUCCAUGAACGACACGUCAUUGAUGCACGACUUUGCCGUGACCGAAAACCACGUGGUCGUGAACGACGUGCAAAUGGUCAUGAGCCCGCACGAGAUCCUCAAGGGAAAGCCCCCGACGAGGGUAAAUCUCGGUAAAACUCCGAGGCUCGGUUUUAUCGGGAAACAUGAAAAAAAUGGGAGUGGCAUGUGGUGGGUCGAUGUGCCGGGUUUCAACGUGUCGCAUGUGGUGAACGCGUGGGAGGAGGAUGAUGGUGGGCCUACGUUGGUUUUGGUGGGGAUGGUUAUGAAGUCGGUCGAGCACGCGUUUGAGAGAAUGGACUCGACGAGGGUCAUGAUGGAGGAGAUUAGGGUAAGUUUGACGAGGAGGAAGGUUAUGACGAGGCGCCGGUUGUCGACUAGGGUUUUGGACAUGCCGGCCAUUAACCGAGCUUAUGUUGGGAAAAAGACGAGGUAUGCAUAUGCUAGUCAAGUUGCCCCAUCAUUGGUGACUUCAGGAGUGGUGAAGGUUGAUUUAUCGUUGUCUUCGGAUGAUUGCAUAGUUGGUAGUCGUACGUACGGGCCAAGCUGCACGGGAAACGAGCCGUUUUUCGUGCCAAGGGAGCCGGAAAAUCCAGACUCGGACGAGGAUGAUGGUUACUUAGUGGCAUACGUGCACGAUUGCAAUGCUCGCGAGUCGAAGUUCUUGGUGAUGGAUGCUAAGUCCCCAACACUAGAAAUUGUUGCUGUUGUUGAGUUGCCUGGGAGAGUGCCAUCAGGCUUUCAUGGGCUUUUUGUGAGUGAGAGUGAACUUAGCAAAAUGUGUUGA